GGUUUUUCCCACACGAUGCGCGCAUGCGUGCAAUUUCUUGAACAACAACAGCAAAUGAUUAUUUAUUUUAUGCAAUUUGUACCGCAUCAGUGUGCUGUCAGUGUUUUUAUGUAUAAUUCAUUCAAAAUAUAACUAAGAAGCUAUUGAAAUCAGAAUGGCGUCUGAUGCUCUGUGCUGCUGCGAGUAUGAGAACAAACAUGGGGACAGAAGCCAUCUGCUGGCAUGCUGCUGUGACUGUGAAGCCCUAGAUCAGAUUGGAGACAGGUUCUUCAAGUGUGAGACUAUCCCGUCAUCUCUGAUUGACCGUUUCUUGGACACCUUGUCAGAUAGAUGUCGUAUUCCUGGGUUAACAGGGGGAGGGGCCAUCAAGGUCAACCUUGAGUUAGCCACACCCAUAAUCAUCAUCCCAGCAAGCUUGUCAUUAGCAGCCAUUGGUCCAAUUACAACAGGAUUCAUUCUGAUAUUCCUGCCAUGUUUUUGUGUCGCAUUUUAUCAAAUAUGGCGAAAGCGUACACAAAAAUUGCGAACAAAAUUUUUCUUGGUCUGGGGAAUUUUUUCACUGGUGUUCAUGUACUUCUUAUUUGAAAUGGUUAUAUGUGCAAACACAAAUGUAUCAUUUAUUGACAACCUUAUUAUAACAAUCGCUGUUAUCAUGCUGGGUGUGGCACUAAAACUUGCCAAAGAUGACCCGGGCAUAAUACCUGAGGACAAGGUCCAGCCGUAUAUCCACAACUCCUACGCUUUCUUCGGUCUGAGCAAUCCUAAUCCCCGUGAUAAAGAGGAAGCUCUUCUAGAGGACUUUGAGGUUGUGCAGAUGGACGAUAUUGACCCACCAGACACAAAACCAGAGAAUUCUAAAGUGAAGGGAGCUAACUGGUGUGAAAGCUGCAGUGUAAUUACCUCCCCUAGGUCAGGUCAUUGCAAGGCUUGUGAUGUGUGCAUAUCAAACAGGGACCAUCACUGUGUAUGGAUUGACAGCUGUGUGGGUAGAAAAAACCACAGAUCCUUCCUGGUUGCCAUGGCGCUGUUUGUGUUUGUUGGUUACUAUGGCAGCUACCUGACCUUGGCUGCUGUGUGCGACCCCUCCCUCUCCAGCCAGACGUGCUCCAUUCCAUACGCGUACAGGGACUUUAAAUGGGGGCUGUGUUUUUCCGGAGCCUGCUACACAAUCCUGGUGACAUCCAUCAUGUGUUUUGGACUGGUUCAUCAGCUGCUUCUCAUCUCCCAGAAUUCUACAUCACAGGAAAUGCACCGAGCCAGUCUGGAGCGGAAUACUAAGUGUGCUAUAUUUAGAAUAAGGAAUCCCUAUAAUCGAGGAUUUCUGCAAAAUUGGAAAGAAUUCAUUUUGAAUCAACGUUGUACAGGAAAUGUAGAAUCUGUGUAAAAUAUGUACCACACCGGGUUAUUGUUAUCUAAACUGCAAGCUUUUUUUGUGACUGUGAUAUUUGUUUCCAAAUAGAGAGGAUUGAUUCUCUGUGUAUUUUAAAUUUCUUAAAGAACCUUAGCUUUUUGUUUCAUGGUGUUAUGAACAAAGUUUGCUAUUAUUUUUGCUUUCAGUUGUCAUUUCUUGCCUGAUUUGCUUCUUUUGUGUAAUUGUCUUUUAGAGGGUAAGCAGUUUAGCUUUUAAUAUUAUUUUAUGUUGUUCGUUGACUGCCAGUUGUUAUUUUUCUGUUAAUUUAUACAAUAAUUACUUACUAUUAUUCUUAUUAGUUUUCACUUGCAUUCUGUUCAAUAACUUGUAGGACUCACACAUUUAAUAAAUAAUAGUAUAAAAGUUAUUUGACUGGUAGACUUUUCGUACUUUUUGCCCAAAGUGUCAGUUUUCUUAAUUGUUUUCUAAUAAACCAAUUUAGACAAACAUGGAUCACUCAUUCAUAAAUUCCCGUUUGUCCAAGGAAUUUAAUUGAAUGGGUCUUGCUAUGGCAAAAUGAUGAUCAAUGCAUGUGCGUGAAGUGUCACCCCAGAUAAGCCUGUGCUGAAUUGACCACAGGCACAUAUGGGAUGACAAUUUCCAUCUGGACUGGAUGUUCUCUUAGAAGAGACUUUCCUUUAAACAAAAAAUACAAUAAUAGGGGAAAGUCUGGUCCCUGAUUAGCAUGUGUAAACUGCACAAGCUAUUCUUGGCCGACACCACGCAAAUACAUAAAGCUCCGUUUUGCCAGAGGGAGGCUCAAAUUGAUUGGAUUAUACACCCAUGUACUCAUAUGAGACGUGUUCUGAUAGAUCGGAGCUGAUUAUACACCCAUGUACUCAUAUAAGACGUGUUCUGAUAGAACGGAGCUGAUUAUACACCCAUGUACUCAUAUGAGACGUAUUCUGAUAGAACGGGGCUGAUUAUACACCCAUGUACUCAUAUGAGACGUGUUCUGAGAGAACGGGGCUUAAUGCUUGUGCGUAAAGUGUCAUCCCAGAUUAGCCUGUGCAGUCUGCACAGGCUAUUCAGGGACGACACUUUCGGCUUUUAUGACAUUUUUUGUUUAAAUAUAGUCUCUUUUUAGCAAAAAUCCAAUUAAGGACUGCAUAGGCUAAUCUGGGACGACACUUUACGCACAUGCAUUAUGCCCAGUUUUCUCAUAAUGCGACUCAUAUUUACCUCUAAAAUAUGAACCCAAAAGUGCUAGUUCUUCAAUAAACUGAUAUCUACUGGUUAAUAAAGGUAAUUAAAUAAAUGCUAUUUCUACUAUUUCAAUUGUAUUUGUUACAGAUAUAUUUAUGGUUAGAGGAUUGUUGUAUACAUGUAGAUAAAAUGGUUUAGAGUAUUAAACUUGUAUGUUGUACAUUUGUUGUUAGCUGGACUUCAAAGAAGAGGCAAGCUAUACUACUUGCCCCAGCUUCAUGUUACCGUCUGGGCUAAGUUAAAGUUGUCAGUUAGCUACUUUAUUAGGAAUGGCUUGAGGGAUAUCAUUCAAAUUUAUAUCUGUUAUCGAGGACCUUAUUUGCCAACUUUGGUGUCUAUAGUUUGACAUUCGUCAUAAUUAAGGGCCUAUUUUACACUCUGAAUUUUAAACAUAAGCUUAAAGCACAUCAAACUUGGACAUUGCCAUAAAACUUCAUAAGAAGCAAAUGUUUCACCAACCCCAACCCGAGAUUGCGUAUGGUUUGUGUGGUGUUAUGUUCAAGGUAAUUUUUUCUAAAUAUAGUAAUAUGAAUUCCUCUUAAUAUAAAGAAAUUGAGUUAUUGUUAUGAAACUUGAUACAUUAAUACCUUGUAUCCAGACCUACAGAGGUCACAGUUACUUAGAAUAGAAAACAUUGAUUCUGCUUAGUAAUUAAAAAACAAACUGAGCUUUCUUCGUGCAACUUCAAACAUGUAUGCAUUGCAGCAAAAUUUAUGUGAGAAUGCAAUUUGGAUUAAAGUCACUGUUACUUAAUUGAGGUAAAUUGGUUUAGCUGAAUAACCAAUUAAAUUAAGCUGUUGUAUUAUUAUAUUAUUGAGUGGGAUUUCAUAUGAGUUUUGGGUUCAAGAUGUUUUGUACUCCAUGACAUUAAAACAAAUUAAGCAAUUGUAAUGAAACUUGAUGUAUAGAUUCCUUGUAUCCAGGAAUUGCACACAGGAUGGUUAUGAUCAAUGCAAAGGUCACUGUUACUAUAUUUAGAAAAAUGUUUUUUUCAUAUUUUCUCGAGAACGAAUUAAGCUUUUGUGUUGCAAGCACAUGUAUUUAUUGUACAUAUUGUACAUAUUAUUGCAUAUGGGCACAUUUGGUAAAAGUCAAUACUUAAGGUCAUUGUUAAUAAAUGAACCUUGUUCGCAGAAAAAUUGACUUAAUGCAUGUGGAUAAAUUGUGGUAGCAAAUUAGCCUGUCCAGUCUGCACAGACUAAUCAAUGACGACACUUUUCCUUUUAUGGAUUUGUUUGUUUUAGGCAAAGAUCUAUCAAGAAAGUAUUUAUAGGUCUUUGUUUUAGGGAAGCCUCAUCUAAGCAAAAUCCAGUUUAAUGUUUAAUCGGAAAGUGUCAUCCCUGACUAGCCUUUGCAGAAUCCACAAGCUUAUAUGUAGCAACACUUUACUCACAUGCAUUUAGCUUGCUUUUCCCACAACGUGGCUCAAAUGCUGGAAUAUGGUUUCACAAGAUCAAAGUUAAAAGAAAGUGGAGCCUGUUGUUGACCAACAGCUCUGGCCAAUACACAUUGAGCGACAUAUAUGUAAAUGGUUGGCGACAGGUUGAUAAUGACUUUCUUUACUGCUGUGUUAAUUAAUCUGAAUGGAAAUGAAAUUUUGAUAAAAUAGUUAAGAAUUAAAAUCUGAAGCUUUUAUCAAUUUAAAAUAUAAUUAGAUAUAUGAAUACUAGUAAAUGUACUUUCCAUAAAAUUUCUUAACAAAGCAGUGUGUCGAAUCAUUAUAAACUUGAAGUAAACCAUUAUUUAAGUAAGAGCUAGUUGGUAUGGUGACAAAACAAAAUUAAUAUAAAGGUGAAUAUGUAUUUAUUCUUGUAUUUGUAUGGUACAAGGUAAUAAAAUGUAACAAUGGUUA